CCUGCCACCAGCCAAGGCACGGGGACAGCCCUUCCAACCCUGGCAGUGCUCACCAGGUGGUCAGGGCAGGAUGGGCUCUGCGAACCUGGUACAGACAAGGGCCAAUUGCUUCCAUUCCAGUGAGACUAGAAGCUCCCCAUCUUCCACUGCUUGUUGAUCCUUACAGCCACUCCCAGGCUCCCAGCAGAGUGAUGUGCCCAGGUGGGCAGUGCCAGGCACCAACCUUCAGAUUCAAGGGGGAUUUUUCCCACCCUGACAGUAAAUGCCAAGGUGGUACUUCUCUGUUGAGUGUUUGUGACAUGCUGCCAUGCCCAGGUUGCUGAUGUCUAGAUGCAUAAGCCACAUUACGUAUGCAGAUCUGACGGCCUGGUGCCUAAUGGAAAAAUGGGCCCGUCAAACUGCCUGCUAUAGUCUAGGGCUCAAAGAACAUUUUCUCUUCACAGAGGAGUGAUGUACUGUAUGCUUCAUGCUGUCACCUACAUUUCAGUUCACCUGUCUUAUGGCGAGGCAAGGCCUGCAGGCUGGCUUUGCCUUCUCUCUGGUAUGAAAAAUGAGCUGGCUCUGAAUUACAUGCUGCCAGACCUUCUGCCAGGUUCUGUGGACUCCCCUUCUGUCCAGCACAAAGUCUGAGCACCAGUACACAGGAAGAAGCUAUGUGAUAAAGAUAGCAGCGUAUGAAAAGGUACACAUCAGCCGAGUGUCCAGGCUACACCCUUCCCCUUCAAACAAAGCAUCCCAGAAGAAAAAGAGAGAAGCUGGGCUGUGAGGGAAUGAGGGGUACUUCGGAAAUAUGAGGUCACUAGACCUCAAAAUAGAUCCAGAUAACAUGAGUCGCUUGGGACAAAGAUUGUCAUAUGAUAAAUAGAAUGAUGCGCGAGGAGUCUGUUGGGCCAGGAGGCCUUUACUGCAUGACCUUGCUGCAUUGUUGUACUGUGUUGCAUCUACUGUAGCUGUCAAGUUUGUCUUGUUCUGAGACUUUAAUUUCCAUUAAUAAUGAACAGUUUGACCAUUUUUAAACAAAGCUGCUCCCUUCAGAUCCCUCUCCCUUCAUGGACCCCCUUUCCUCCAGAGUCCUCCCAGAAAUAUCUGUUAAUACGCAGCUAUUCUUUAGUGAUUAAUGCUGUUCUGGUUCCUCUUAGCCCAGGAAGCAUCUGACCAGCAGCCAGAGGCAUAUGCCUCUUUAUUUUUGCCUUAUACGUCUCAAUACACUUAGAUUUUUCAAGGCUACUUUCUCUAUUGUCAUCAUCUGUUGUAAACAUAAUACUGCCUUUGUGUCAAGAGUGCUUUGGUAGAAUUUGCCAGCAUCCUAAUGGCUGAUCCACACCCAUCAUCCAUGUCUUAGCUGGGGAGCACAAGCUGUAUUCCUUGAGGCAGGCUUGCAGUGUGUUUAUCCUCUUUUCUGCAUUGUCUGGGCAAGCCAUGUUUAGGAGGAAACAGAAACCCCAAACAGAGACCUAGGUGGUAAGGCAACCUUGUGCCUAGGCUUUCCUAGAGAAAUAAAGGAAUUUCUCACCUCCUAGGCAGAUGAAGAAAUUAAAUGGAAUGUGCUCAGCUUCCAAAGGAGCUAGCAGCAGACACCUGCCUGUAGUGCCACAGUUUGCCCAGCUGGCCUGGGUUCAAUCACACCUGCCAGCAGUUAAGCAAUCAGUUCAUACAGGUGCUUUAAGAACAGGGAUUCAGCCCACUUUCCUGGCCCACUUCUUAUCUGCCAUUCCCUCCUGCAGCCCUGGCUGUACCUUCAUAGGGUUGCUGUCUGGAAUAGUUACUAAGUGCCUUCCACCAUGGAGCUAUGGCCCUUGACCACAAGAAACCAUCAUGGACCAGCCUGCUCUCCACUAGAAAGCAGAAUGCACCUGGGACUGUUGGAACCUGGGCAGUCGUGUGGAGAUAAUCAAGGUAUGACCACGGAGGUCCUGGUGUUGCUCAGGAGUGGGAUGGGGAACAAGAUACUAUGGGAAACUGGUCAUGCAAAGUUUGUUUGUACAUGAAGGGUGGCACAUAACCUCAUUUGUCUAAGAUGUAUAUGCAGGCCCUGUCAGAACUUGACACCAGAUGAGCUGACUUCCUUCAGUAGUGUUACCCAUGAGUACUGGAGGAAGGAAACAUUCAGCGUGUGUCAAAGGGAGACGUAGGCAAGAUUCCACACAGUGAAUUGUCCAGGACUGUGGUAAAGACAGUGGGUGUAAGAGGAGGUGGCAGCAGGAGGAUGGGAGGCAGCAUUUUCUUAAGGUGACUUGGAGAAAUUUUGAAACCAGACUAUGAGAGAGUAGAGGAGCUGAUGAGAAGGAAGUCUCAGUGUGGGCCAAGUCUUGCUAUUGACAGGAUGAGCACACAAGGCAUGUUGUCAGCAGGGGUACUGUUGCUUAAAAGCUGGCUAGCUAAGCUUACCCACUGUUCAGAAUGAGGUUGGGGUUUUAUCUUAUAUAUUUGCCCUCAGCUGAGAACCCAGUAGAAGGGUUCACUCACAUAUGAGCAAAGCAGGGUGGGUGAAAGAGUCAGCCAGCAUCUUUACUCUUGCCUGCUGCAACUCUGAGUAAUCUUUUCUGUGUGCUUGCUGUACUCACAUGCACCUAUUCCCUGAAAAUCCUACUCCCAGCCAUUAUCAGCAUUCCAUGAGUAAGCUGUAAGUCGUUCCCUAAACUGUUUGGCAUUUUAGGCAAAUAAUUGAGCUAAACGGGAGCAAAGUCUGAAGAUCAAGUUUAUCUUCUGGGACUAGACUGUGUCAAUUUAGGCUUGUCUAUUUACCUUAAACUGUUUAUAAUUCAGAUUAUAACCUUACAGUUUAUCUCAAACUCAAGGAAAAAGCUGUAGCAACAGAAAUCCAGUGUCACGCCAGGCUGUGCCAGGGAAUUGCUAUGGAGACAUGUCUCAUGUAAGACGACAUCACUUAAGUCAUCUUUCUUGUCAUUCCUCAUUUUGGAAAUCAGAUGGGGUGAGUUCUGCUCUGGCUCAGGAGGAACCAGCCUUAACUGGCAUUUAGUGUGGACACUGCACCUGUGCAUUCUGACACUUGCCUGACUGUAGAUUUUUCCUUUCCAUCUCCUAUGAACAACCAAUUAUAAUGCAACCAGAGUGAAUGUAUAAAGUAUCCCUGCCAAAAGGAUCUCUUUCCAAAAGUCAAAGGAUUCCACUUUGCUGCCUUCAGCCCUAUGAAAGCAACGAGCAAUUGAAGUACAGGUUCCUUGUUUUGUUGUUUGUUUGUGUUUGUUUGUUUGUUUUGAGACUACUGUUGUGUUUAUUUCCUGCAAAGAGCCAGGCUUUCCCCGGGAAUGCCAGAACCCAGCUAGCAGUAGCACAGUUUGCAGGCCCUUAUGUGAGCAGCCGCACUGUAGCUUUCUGUCACAGAUCUAGCAGAUCCCAAACUUUCUCUGUCCUCUACAGCCUUAGUCACCUUAGCUAGAAAGCACCUAAACUUCUGUCUUGCAACAGAGAUCUCUUUCUGUGGCAAGCAUUUGCAAGUCCACAGUCACUGCAUUGAUUCACAUGGCAGCUCCUGAUUUCAUACAUCUGGGAUGCAGGAAACAUGAGUCAAGAACUAACUGAUCUGUCUAAAUAUUAGCAAACACAUGAUAGUGAGACUUGUAGCCUAAAUCUGCCUUUCUGCCAAGAGGAUUUAAAAAAAAAAAAAAAAAGAAAAAGGCAGUAGCUUUGAGAACCUAAAUGUUUCUCCAAGGCCAAAGUCAUGACCUGAGCCAUGACCUGAGCCACACGGGAUAACAAACUUCCAUUCAAAAAGAGAAGGCAACUCCAAUCUCUGUCCAGAAUCCUAUCAGCGAGUAAACAUUGAUUUCUCCAAAGGAGGGUGUUCCUAAGGGCAGGGCUCUUGAAACAAAGGAAUUUAUGUUUUGAAGAAGGGAGAAAUGUGCAGAACGUAUGAAGGCCUUUCAUCAGUCAAGAGUCGCUUUGUGGGUCGCAUAAGGUUGUGAUCUUGCAUGUGACAGACAGCUCCAGGGUUAAUAUUCUUCCACUGACUUAAUCACUAUAGUUCCUUUUGCAUCUGGUGGAAAGAGAAACUUCUGCAGCAUCAUUCCCAUGAGCUACUUUAUAUGUAGAUAUGGUAUAAGAGAAAAUAUAUUCUACAGGGCAUGUGAGGGCAGUUGCUAAAAUCCUGGUUAGCAGUAAAGAUUGUGGAUAGGGAGGAAGUGCUCUUAGUCUCUUUUGAUACAAAAAUGUUGACAUUACUAAAUACAGUUGUAAUAUGCUGGGUUCAGAGCAGAGGACAGUAGUUCUCACAGUGUGCACCCAGACAUAUUGUCAUUGCCAGGGAGUGCUGUAGAUGCCAGAAGUACCAGUGAGUUCAAAGGAUGACUGGACAAGUGAACACAAGAAAGCUAGGUGCUAUGAAAUGCAAAGACCACUUUACUCUCAACUGAUUUUAUGACACAGCUUCAGUACUAAUGUCUAUUCAAAAUUAGCACUCUCUUCUCUUGCUGUAGCCAGGGGAAAGAAAUAUGAACUUCUAGGACAUAACUGUCAUCACUUGUUUUGAACAUCCUUGUUCGGAUAGGUGAAUCAAGUACUCCAAAGCUCACUGCAGCUGGAGGAACACCUAGGGAGGAAAGCAUAUUCUCUUCUCUAGGCAGCUGCUCUUGACCAUAGCAGAAGACAGCAGAGUUUGAUCAGACCUUUCAGCUGAUCUAGUUCCCCUGCUCUAGGUUUGCCCGUUUCUCUCCUCAGGCUACCGAAGACGUGCCUUUGGGGCACCUGUGCUACAGUGUCAGAAUUGAAGAAAGUAUCUCCAGACUGUACCUUCCAUGUUAUUCUUCACUCUAUUCCCACUGCUGCUACACCAGGUCAGCUGUGCCUGUGUGUGCAUGCACAAUGCACAUUACCUUCUCCUUCAGGAAAUAAGAAAUGGCAGAUCACAGGGCUUGCGAGUCUGAGACCCUAGAAACCACUUUUAAUCAAUGAAUGGAGUAGAAAACAGAAGUAUGGUCAGACAGUGUUUGAGGUGGAAGGAAGCUGCUCAAGACCAAGUAGUAAGGAGCUAAUUGCCAUUAAGCACAGGCUGACUGCCAUACGCUUGUGCUUUGCUUCAUCUGUCACUUAAAGCUUAUCAGUCAGACAUGCAGGAAGAAACAGGUCCUUUGUUAAAAUGCUGGAGUAUUCUUCGCUUUCCACAAUGUGCAGGACUCCAGGAGGGCAGAGUGGCAGAACAAUGUGCCUUCCCAAGCCUUGUCUCCAAAGAAGAGUACGUUCUUCCCCUCUAUACAACUGCUUAUGCCACAGAGGCUGCCUUCUGGAAAGCUCAGCCAAGCGGCUCGUACUUGUCAUCUGUGUAAAGGGAAAAGUCUGAGCUCCGUGACUGGAGCACUGUACAGCAGUGUUCAGUGUUGCCACAGAGCCUGAGUACUGGUGCCAAAGGACCAGCAUGUCCUGGAUGAACUACAUACAGGUGGAGCAGGAGUUUCAUAUACCUCUGUUCAUGCAAGUGUUGAUAGGGAGAAACUAGGCUUCAGGAGGAGCUGAUCAAUGGUGUGACCCUAAAAUAUCAGUUUUGUAACUCUUCCAGGCAUUUUUGCUCAGGGACAUGACCUGGGGAGGGCUGUUAGAGUUAGGGUAGUUUGGUUAGGUUGUGGUUGGACUCGAUAAUCUUUAAGGUCUUUUCCAACCUGAGCAAUUCUAUGAUUGUAUGAUACAUAUAAAUCCACCCUACAGAUGCUGUUUGUGAGUGACUAGGAACAUGUAGCUGAAAUCCAGGCUGCACAGAACACUGCUCGCUUGUCUCUAAAGGGCCAGAUCUGGACAACUGUCAGCUUCUAACCUUUAUUUCCUGACCCAAAGUUACCAGGGUUUGACCAUCUGUGUUUGUAAUGAAGAAAGUGAAAGGGAAUGUGACCUUCCCUUCCCUGUUCAGGUUGUCUCUCCUGCUGGAAGGGCCCUUAUUUUUUCCUCCUACUACUAUUUCUUAUACUCCAGUGGUCCUCAGAGCAGCACAGUAAGAUCUCUAGGAACAGAGGGCACCAUCAAGAGUUCAACAUCUUACCAGAAAGCAUAACAGAAAAUAUGGUGCUUGGAAUAGGAACUACCCAAAGUGACUUGUCUUCUCACAGUUGCAGAAUAUCAUGUGUUUCCCCAGCCCACCUCCACUCUUACUUACCACCUUACCUGGCACAGCCCAACUGCAGCUCCAAUAUCCUCUGAGUUAUUAAACAGGACAAGUCCAGCAGCUCCUCUUACUGCUACCUCUUUCAGACAAUUUCAGCUCCCAAAAAUUCAACUCAAGCAGGUCACAUCCCUUUUCCACAUCUUAAAGACAAAAGGCUUUUUUGAGGCCUGCAAAGGAUCGCAGCAAAAUCAGCUUUCGGUUGCCCUCCUGAAUUUCAUGGCCCUUCUCAUUUAUUAGUAGUGUACGGUCAUUUGUGCUCCUACAAGAAACUACCAUUCCUGUGCUUUGCUGCUAGUGGAGGGUGGAGUUUUCUAAUUUAUGUCAGGUAAAAGUAGGCAGGCAAAUUAAUCAGAGCUCAGGCAUAAAUGAAAGAGGAAGUAGCAUGCAGGUAUAGAUAAGAGCUGAGUACACGUGUGAGAGAGCCUAGCGUGAAGGCUGAGUGCCUGUAUAUAUACAUGCGCAGGUGUUUGUAAGGCUGCCUUAAGGAGUGUACUCUGCUGAAGUAUAUGUAUGAGAAGGAAGUGUUGCUUGAAUCAAGUCUGGUGGUGCUUCAAGAGGAUAUGCUAAGGUCCCUUGCAACCAUGAUGAAACCUAGAAGGAUGCAGAUGCUUCUGAUUCUGGCAUUUCUGUCCUUCCUUCUGAUCCACUUCCACUUCCUAACCUGCAGCAACACUGCCUCCCUGGAGUUAAAACCUUCCCCAGUCCACAUCCUCAUCCUCUCCUCCUGGAGGUCAGGAUCAUCCUUCACCGGCCAGCUUUUCAGCCAGCACCCCAAUGUCUUCUACCUGAUGGAGCCUGCGUGGCACGUAUGGGUUACCAUGUACCAGAACAGUGCCAAAGUCUUGCACAUGGCAGUGCGGGACCUGGUCAGGUCAGUCUUUCUCUGUGACAUGUCUGUUUUUGAUGCCUACAUGUCUAGCCAGAAGAAAAAGUCUGACUUAUUUCAGUGGGAGAAAAGCCGAGCCUUGUGCUCCCCCCCUGCCUGUGACUUCUUCAGUCGCAAUGACAUAAUCACUGCAGGAAACUGCAGAACUCUCUGUGGCAGAUACUCAUUCAGCAAGGUGGAAGAAGCCUGUAAAACCUACAGCCACGUUGUAAUCAAGGAGGUCCGCUUCUUUGACCUGAAAGUCCUCUACCCACUUCUCACUGAUCCAUCUCUGAACCUCAAAAUAAUUCACUUGGUCCGUGAUCCUCGGGCUGUGUUCAGGUCCCGAGAGAAUACAGUGGCAGAGCUGAAACGUGACAGUGACAUUGUUGUAGGGUCCCAGAAGACAAAGGGAGAAAUGGGACCUUACAACACGAUGCAAGAAAUCUGCAAAAGCCAUGUUGAGAUUUACAAGGCAGGCAGCCAGGCUGUUCCCAGCUUUCUGAAGGACCGCUACCUGCUAGUUCGUUAUGAAGACAUUGUCAGAGAUCCACUAGGAAAGGCUGCUCAGAUGUAUAGGUUUGCAGGACUCCAUUUCACACCAGAACUUCAGAAGUGGGUGCACAACAUUACCCACGGGAAGGGAAAAGGAGAACAAGCAUUUGAUACUGGAUCCAGAGAUGCACUGAGCACGUCAGAGGCCUGGAGGAACACGCUUCCCUUUGAGAAGAUAGAAAAAGUGCAAAGUGUGUGCAAGGAUGCCAUGGAUUUACUGGGGUACCGGCUCGUUCAGUCUGAAGAAGAGCAGAAAGACAAGUCACUGGAUCUUCUGUUUGGCCAGAAUGAAUUCUGAAGGCAGAAGAGCUGUUCCCGGUACCUCCUCUCUGAAUGCUGAGAACUAUUUACUGGUGCUGAAGAGGGCAGAGGUACAUGUGUGUGUGAGGUCAGGACGAGUAACACAGGAAUGCUGACUGCGCUCACCGUAGUUUUACCAGCAGCAACACAGGGUCACUCUCCAAAGCUACAACACAGGCUGGAGUAAUGCCAACCUAUCAUCAAAAUAAAGUUUGGGGUGUAUGGGGAAGAGGAAGUAUGUGUAGAUGGAAGCAAACAGACUGCCAGAGGAGUGACAUCACCUAUCAAAGCUCAAAAACCCCUCCACAAGCCACAGCUAAAUACUGGAGGAGACACGUGGAGCAACUGCACUGCAGCAGAAGAGGAAGUAUAAAUGGAAGCCAAACAAAGAGCACAAUCUUUGUCAUGCUGCCACCUGUGCACAUACAGUGCCAGAAGAGACACAACAGUAACCAUGCCGUGUUUUCUGGAAAGACUUUUUUUUAUUUUUAUUUUUCUCCAGAAUGGCUGUUUUCAAGAAGAGCCUUCCAUCUUCCCCCCCACCACACACACACUCUACUCCUGUGCCUGAGCCUUCAACGCUGAUGGCAAUGUUGGCAAAAUGUCUGCAUUCAUUUGCCAUAUAGUAGGAAAAAUAGUUGUAAAGGAAAACUCCUAGGUUUACACAUAGGAAUCUAUUUCUGGGAUGAGGUGAACCCAUUGAUUUUUCAGCUGAAAUAAUUAUAUCUUCUAGCUUUCAAAACCAGAAAGAGUUCUCACAGUUCAUGUGAGAAUGAGAGGAAUUCAUGCUAGUGCUAAGACUAUGAAGACAGGUUAGGAACAGGUUCUAAUGAUACACAUAGUGAAACUGAAAUAUGUUUGUGGCAGUGUAUUAAAAAAAAGCUGAGAACAGUAAAUUAUUAUAUUGCAUUA